UCGGGCGCUCAGAGCGAGUGUUCCCUCGCGCACUGUCGGACGCGGCGCCUUCGCCUCACUGGGCGCUUUCAUCCCCCUUGCCGCUUGAAUUAAUCCACCCCAUCACAACCCCGCGCCCAAUUGAUUCGGGUAUAUUACAUAGAACGCCUUGCCAUACCGUUUGCUAUUUUAAGAUCUGAGUUGUCGAGGGAUUACAAGGGCUUAUGAGGAAGUUCUGUUGCAAAAAGGAAAACCAGUGGCUAGAGGAGACUGCGGAAAGUAAGGAGCAUCGAACAGGACAAGGCACAAAAGAGAAGCUGGAAUAGCAAGUGGAGAAUCAUGAACUGAGGUACAGAAUGAGACCUUAUAUGCAGCACAGGCGGGGGAGAUCAUGUGGCUUGCAUGGCUACUGCAAGGAUGAAAAGUCUUAAAUGGACAGAGUCCUGCAAUUUUCCCCCGUUUGGGUGAUGGCUUAAUCAUUUGUAUUUGGAGGAUGAAGUAUAUUGAAAGAAUGAAGAAGACCAUACAGAAGAGGCCAAUCCGAACAUUUGCUAAUGACGAUCGUCAUGUCAUGGCAAAACAUUCCACAGUGUAUCCUUCCCAAGAAGAGCUUGAAGCUGUACAGAAUAUGGUUUCAACGGUGGAAUGUGCACUAAAACACGUAUCUGAUUAUUUGGAUGAAACUAAUUUGCAGUCAGUUAAUGUGGACGCGGAUGAAGAUGGAGCUGGAGACGGCAAAAAAAGUGACACCUCAGAGAGCAACUCAAGUGAACAGAGUGGACGUGUCUUGUGUGGAGUGAUGCGAAUUGGAUUGGUUGCAAAGGGUUUGCUGAUAAAGGGAGACUUGGAUUUGGAGUUGGUGUUGAUGUGUAAAGAAAAACCAACUGAGAAGUUAUUAAGUAUAGUCUGUGACAAUCUGCCAGUACAAAUUCAGAAACUUUCAGAGGAAAAAUAUGAAGUUGACAAAUGCACGGAAGAGGCGGCCAUCAUUGUCCAAAACACAAAAGAACCCAAGUUGACGCUGAAAAUCAUUCUCAGUUCACCAGUAGUCAGAGAUGAAAUGGAAAAGAAACAAGAUGGAGUAGAAAAUUUUGCGAUGAAAGAUCCACCGGACUUAUUGGACAGGCAGAAAUGCCUAAACGCCUUGGCGUCUCUGCGACAUGCCAAAUGGUUUCAGGCAAGGGCAAAUGGAUUAAAGUCAUGUGUAAUUGUGAUUCGUAUUCUGCGUGAUUUAUGCAACAGAGUACCCACAUGGGGACCAUUGAAAGGAUGGCCUCUAGAACUUAUUUGUGAAAAAGCCAUAGGUACUAGUAAUAGACCAUUAGGGGCUGGUGAAGCAUUGAGACGUGUAAUGGAGUGCUUGGCUUCGGGGAUUCUUCUACCUGGUGGUCCAGGAUUGCAUGACCCUUGCGAAAAAGAUUUAACCGAUGUAUUGAUCUCGAUGACUUCACAAGAAAUGGAUAAUAUUACUCAUAGUGCCCAGCAUGCACUCAGGCUUAUGGCUUUCGGCCAGAUCUACAAAGUACUGGAGAUGGACCCCCUUCCAUCAACGAGAUCUUCACUUCAGAAAUGGUCCCGAUCAUUGAGUGACCGAGAUGGACCUUUCUCAGCACCUUUGAAGAGACCGUAUGAAGAUAGUUUGGGAGAUGACAAAGAUCCGAACAAAAAGAUGAAAAGGAACCUGCGAAAAAUAAUGGAAAGCAAAGCAAUAGAUGUUAACCAGCCUAUGAAUGCUCUCAUGAGACUGAACCAGAUUAAACCAGGCCUACAGUACAAACUCCUUUCACAGUCUGGUCCAGUGCAUGCACCUGUCUUCACCAUGUCUGUGGAUGUUGAUGGUAAAACUUAUGAAGCCUCAGGACCAUCUAAAAAAACUGCCAAACUUAAUGUAGCAGUUAAGGUGUUACAAUCAGUGGGCUGUCCAACUGGUAUGGAUUUGAAGAUGGGGUUAGAAACUCAGGAAAUGGAAGAAAAGUCCUCAGGUGAUGAUAAAAAUGAAACUGUUUCCACAAACUCAAGCAAUGACAUUGCUGGCUGCGUUCCUGCUACCAGCACCAAUACUCUAGAGAUGAGAACGCAGGGCCCUAUCCUAACAGCCAGCGGGAAAAACCCUGUUAUGGAAUUGAAUGAAAAGAGGAGGGGUUUGAAAUACGAAUUGAUAUCUGAAACUGGCGGCAGUCAUGACAAACGGUUUGUCAUGGAGGUGGAAGUAGAUGGUCAGAAAUUCAAGGGAGCAGGUCCUAAUAAGAAAGUCGCAAAGGCCAGUGCUGCUUUAGCUGCCCUUGAAAAACUAUUUUCUGGUCCAAGUGCUACAAACAUCAAGAAAAAGAGGACUGGUCCUCCGAUUAAGGGUCCAAUAGCCGCUCCAGCUGUUGCAGUCCAAUCACUCAGAGGCAGAGGCAGAGGAGCCUUGAACAGAGGAGCGUUUGCCGGUGCAGCAGUAACAGCUGCUCCAGGAUAUCUUACACCAGGUUAUGGUGCACCAUAUGGAUACAGUGCUGCUGCCCCGGCAUAUGGUGGUUUUUUCAUUGACAAUCCCUAUUACCAGCCUCGAGCCAUCGCACCUUUUAUUAUUCACUUGGGUCCUCAGGAUUUCGUCUCUGACUUCUAGAACCAUCAGGUUGAGAUUUGAACACUUACUUUUUUGUCAUGUCAGUCCAGCUGUGGGCUAGGGGAAAUAAAACAAGACUGUUUCAAGGUCGUAUUCCUGAUUAGCCCUUGCAAAAAUAGCAGCCUUUGAUAUAGUAGCUUGCUAUUAAAUUAGAAUUUAAAUGUUCAAACCAAAAUCACGAGCAUUAUUUGUCAACUAUCCCAUACAUUAGCAAUUUGAACUAUACAAUAAAAUUGUUUUUCUUUCAAUACCACCAAUUUUAAUAUGCACCAAUCCUGUGCCAUUCCAUUGAAGAUUACACUUAUGGUCAUCAUACAUAUUUUGCUUUGGAUCGGGUAAAAUCUGUUGUAAAUUUGACUUAUUUUGUCUGCUGGUUAUUUACUUAAUAGGUUCAACAAUUUGAUUUUAAAAUGUAUGCCACUAAGGCUUUGAGAAACCACAGGAUUAUCAGUCUUAAGUAUAAUGCAAGAUAAAGUAACUGAAUCGAUCCAUUAUUACAAACCAGUGAGCAUUCUCUAUUAAGGAUGUAUUAAAGAUUUCCUUCAAAAAAAAUGUUUUUCCUUGCAUUGCUAACAAAACUAUAACUUGAAAUCAUUUCUAAAAUUAUGGUGACUGGGCAUUGUUUAAUAUAAGCAUAUGAAUGCCUUGUUGUUAACAAGAAUGUUGAAAUCAGAUAAAGGGUAUUUGAAAAAAAUGAGAUUAUCCAUAGUAUGGCUGAUGAAUGAAUGCUCAAACACAAAUCAGCUGAGACUAAUAUUUAAAAUAUGAACAGUGCUUGAAAUGCUUUCAUGAGUACUUUAUUUAUUUGCUAACUGAGUUGUAUUUAUUCUACAUCCCUUCAAAAUAUUAGAACUAUAAAUGCCAAUGAAAAUAUGUGGUUACUUACAAUUAUAUUCAUCUGCAAAUAUGCAAUUGAAGAACAAUGAUCCAUUUAUCAUUUUGUGACUGUGAUCUAAUGGUUCACACAUUCACCUCCUAAGUCAGAAGGUUUAGGGUUCAAUUCCUAGCCCAAAUACCCCAAUGCAGCGUCGCUCUCCUGUGCAGUACUGAUGGAGUUCAAUGUUGUAAGGGAUACUGUCCUUCUGAUGCAAUGUUAAACCAAGACUCUAUCUGAUCUCUCAGCUGGGAGAUCUUGUAAAGUAAACCCUGAUAUCCUACUAAAGUUUAUUUCUCAUUUGCAUGCUAAGCAGGUGAUACGGACACUAUCACAUUGCAAUUUUUAAAAAUAUUUAUUUUCUGAUCUGGGUUUCAUCGACAAGACCAGCGGUUGUGUCCAUCCCUAAUUGUCCUUGAGAAGGUUAUGGUGAACAACCUUCUUGAACUGCUAUAAUCCUCAUGGAAGUAUUCUUAUAGUAAUGCUGGGUAGGAAGUAUCAGGAUUUGGACCCAGUGCUGAUGAAGGACCAGCAAUAAAUGUCCGAGUAACUUGAAGACGAUGAUGUACUUGUGCACCCGCGACCCCUUUGCUUCUUCGUGGUAUAGGGGAGAAGGGAGAUACUGUUUGACCAGUCUGGGCAAAUAAUUGCAAUGUCGAUUAUACAUGGCACACACUAUCACUGGCGCUUCGUGCUGCAGAGAGAAUAAAUGUUCAGGGUGGUUGAUGGAGUGCCAGUAAAAUUAGCUGCUUUAUCCUGGAUGGUGUCGAUCUUUCUGAGUGUUAUUCGCUGCAUUGGUGACCCAGAAUUUGUGGAAAUAGAAGAGACUACAGAAACUGGAAUCUUGAGUAUAAUACAAACUGCUGGAGAACUCAGUCAAAUAGCAUCAGUGAGGGAAAUGUUCAGAAGACAUUUUGGGUCGGGGCCCUUAUAGGGCAAAAACUUGUUUAUGGAUACAGUUUGAUUUAGAUUUGUUGGAAAGUUAGGCAGAAGAGAGAUAUAUGGAAUUUAACUCAGAGUGAUGUCCUUUGGAAGAUCCACAAUUCUGGUAACACAUAAAAGUAAACGGCAGGGAUCUCUAAGCAAUGUGACCCCAGUGUCCAUAGCUCCCUGAAACUGAUGGUACAUGUGGAUAGGAUAGACAAGGUGUUUGGGAUGCUUGGCUUCAUAGGCUGAGGCAUUGAGUAAAAUAAUUGGAUGUCAUGUUGCAGUUGUGCAAAACGUUGGUUAGACUGCACUUGGUGUAAAGUGUGCAAUUCUGGUCCCAACAUGACUGGAAGAAUGUUAUAGAGAGAGUAGGAGACAUUCACUGUGGUGGUGCCUAGAAUGGAAAGUUUGGGCAGACUGUUUAUUCUGACUGAAAUGUAGGAGACUAAGGGGUGAUCUUUUAAUAAAAUUAUGAGUAGCAUGGAUAGGAAAGAUGGCCAGACCCUAUUUCCCAGGGAGGGCUAGUCUAAAACCAAGGGCAUUGAUUUAAGGUUAAAGGGAAGAAAUUUGAAGGGUCUGAGGGGAAAGUUUUCCACGCUGAGUGUGGUAAAUUUCUGAAUCAAGUGGAGGUGGGAGAGGCAGGUAUAAUGCAAUGUUUAAAAGGCAUCUGGGCAGAUAGUAGAUUAGGGAGGGCAUAGAGGGAAGCAAAUCUAAUGUGGGCAAAUCGUUUUUGUGUACAUAGGCAUCACAAUUGGCAUGGACUUGCUGGACCAAAAUCUGCAGUGUCCAUGCCUAUGAUUCUAUGAUAAUAUGACAAAGUAAUUGCUUGUUAGCAUUGUCAAUGAUUCAUUCUAUCACUUAUCUGACGAUCAAGAGUAGAAGAUGCAUACUAUUAGUCAGAUUGGAUUUGUCUUCCUGGUAAAUGCCAGUGUUGGAACUUUACUGGAAGGUCUUGGCUGACAGUUUGGCUGAGCACAGGUUUGCAAGCUGGGAUGUUGACUGGUCUCGUAGCUUGGCUGUAUCCAAUGCUCUCAAUGUUCUUGAUGGCACAUGGCGUGCUUGGAAUUGGCUGGAGACUGGCUUUUGUGAUGGCAGGGAUCUGAGGAGGAGGCUGAGGCAAACUCAGUACCUCUGGCUGAACAUGGUUGCAAAUGCUUCAAACUUUUCUCUCCCGUCCUACGCACCACCAUUGUUGCGGAUGUACCACCGCCUCCUGGUUAUUGCUUAGUUGUCCGCAACUAUACGUGACUCGAUGUGGCGGGACAGAAAAUAUUUGAUCUGACCCGUUUGUGAGAUCAUUUAACUCUAUUUAUUGAAAGCUGUUUUUGGUGUUUAGAUGCAACUUGUCUUGUUCUGUAGUUUCAUUAAGUUGGCAGCUCAGUAGUAGAACUGGUGCUGCUCUUGGCAAACACUUCUGCCUUCCCUAUUGAACCAUGGUUAAUGCCCCAGCGAUUGUAGUGGUAGAGUGAUGAAUGCUGUGACUUGAAGCUACAGAUUGUGGUAAUGCACAUUUUUUGCUGUACCUGAUCAUCGACAAUGUUUCUUGAAUGCCCACUUUUAAGCUAUCCCACUGUGCACUCCUGCAGUGUCUCACAACAUGACAAAGACAAGCCUUGAAAUGAAUUCAGAACUUUGUCUCCACAGGUACUGUGUGAUGAUCACUUCAAUUAGGUUUAUUAUUGUCAUAUGUAGCAAGGUAUAGUGAAAAGCUUUGUUCU